AUGACCCUCUCAUCCCUUCUCCGCAUUACUCCCCGCUUCGCCCCGACCGCGGCCCGCAGAACCACAAGAGCUGUUUCAUCGAUAUCCGGCACGACGCCGAGCACCAAAUCUUUGGACUCAAUUCUCAUCGCAAACCGUGGUGAAAUUGCGCUCCGUGUAGGCCAGACUGCGGCUGAGCAUGGCAUUCGCGUCACUACUCUUUACACAGACCCAGAUAGCCGCGCACAACAUGCGUUGAGCACGCCGUUCGCAUUUAAUCUGGGAUCUGUUUCGGCAUACUUGGAUGGAGAUCGGAUCAUUGAGAUCGCGAAGAAGGAAGGCUGUCAGGGAAUCCACCCUGGGUAUGGAUUUUUGAGCGAGAAUUCAAAUUUUGCCCGGAAAUGUACAGAAGCUGGACUUGUGUUCAUCGGCCCUCCUUGGAAGGCGAUCGAAGAUAUGGGUGAUAAGAGUCGUUCAAAGGAGAUCAUGCUGGCCGCAGGCGUGCCCUGCGUCCCUGGUUACCACGGCCAUAAUCAAGACCCUACCUUCCUCGAAGCCGAGGCCGAUAAGAUCACAUACCCAGUCCUAAUCAAAGCUAUCAAGGGCGGAGGUGGAAAGGGAAUGCGUAUUGCCAGCUCCAAAGCAGAGUUCCAGUCCCAGUUAGAAUCUGCAAAGUCAGAGGCUAUGAACUCGUUUGGUGACGACCAGGUUCUGGUCGAAAAGUACAUCACAACGCCUCGGCAUAUCGAAGUCCAGGUGUUUGCGGACAAGCAUGGUAAUUCUGUCGCUCUGGGAGAGCGUGAUUGCAGCAUUCAACGCAGACAUCAGAAGAUUUUGGAGGAGUCUCCAGCACCCCAUCUGCCAGACACUACGAGGAAAGAUAUCUGGGCCAAGGCUCGCUCUGCCGCUCUGGCGGUUGGAUAUGAGGGGGCAGGCACUGUGGAAUUCAUUUUCGACAACGACACUGGUGACUUUUACUUUAUGGAAAUGAAUACUCGGCUGCAGGUCGAGCAUCCUGUAACGGAGAUGGUCACUGGCCAGGAUUUGGUCCACUGGCAGAUCAUGGUGGCCGAGGGUGCCCCUCUCCCUCUGACACAAGAAGAGGUGGAAGAAAGGAUAUCUCAAAGCGGCCACGCUAUUGAAGCUCGCAUCUACGCCGAGAACCCUGAACAGGGGUUCAUCCCUGACUCUGGGCGGCUGAUCCAUGUCCGCACACCCGCCCUCACAGAGAAUAUCCGCAUCGAUGCCGGAUUUGUCGAAGGCGAUGAUGUGUCGGCUCACUACGACCCUAUGAUCUCCAAGCUAAUCGUCCGCGGCACGACUCGCGAAGAAGCGAUCCGCAAGCUGGGGACCGCGCUAGAGGAGUACGAGGUUGCAGGACCCGUCACCAACAUUGAAUUCCUUAAAACCAUCUGCCGCAGUCCCGACUUUAUCGCAGGCGCCGUCGAGACCGGUUAUAUCGAGAAACACCGCGAAGAACUUUUCGCGCCAAAGCCACUGGAAGAUGAGCUCCUCGCGCAGGUCGCCCUGGCAUGUCUACAUCGCGAUACCUAUCAGUCUAACCACCCCCGAGCCACCACGGGGCUUGCCGGAACAACGGUCGGGUUUGCCCCGAGUUACCAGCAGCGGCAACUCUCAUUCACCGAGUCGACGGGGCCGAGUAGCGCCAGUGCCAGCCCUGCUACGUUCGACGUACGGGUCCAGCAGACAUCGGACGAGACAUUCGAUGUCGAGGUCGGUGGACGUGUCUUCUCGCAAGUCUCGAGUCGCAUGGACCCAGUCUCAAACGUCGUGACCUCGUUCUUCCCACACACCCGGCUAGACACCACCGUGGUUCGGGAUGAGGACACGAUUAUCGCGUUCCAGCGUGGCAAGCAGUACCGGCUCACGGUGCCGCGGGCCAAGUGGAUGGAGAAGGCGCUGGGCAUGAAGGACGUAGCCAACAGCGUACUAGCGCCGAUGCCAUGCAAGGUGCUCCGGGUGGAAGUACAAGCUGGUGAUGUGGUGGACAAGGACCAGCCGCUAGUGGUGAUCGAAAGUAUGAAGAUGGAGACGGUGAUCCGCAGCCCCCAGCACGGCACGAUCGCACGAGUUGUCCAUCAACAAGGCGACCAAUGCAAGAGCGGAACACCGCUGGUCGAAUUCGCCGAGGAGGCUGAGUCGGCGUCGUAG